CAAGCUGGCGAAAAUUAAUAGAUUCCGUGGAAGGCUUGCUUGACUUCACAUACACUCUGCUCUAUAUACGGUGGGUUGGUGAUUGAAGGCGACAUUCACCGAGAGUCCGAGACCCAGAGGCCGAGAGAGAUCCAAGAACAGGCCGGCCGGCCGGACGACACCGAUCGAGAAGGAGGAGGAGACAUGGUGCGCGGGAAGCUGGAGGUGCUGCUCGUCUCUGCCAAGGGACUCGACGACUCCGAUUUCUUCAAUAGCAUGGACCCGUACGUGAUCCUCACCUGCCGCAGCCACGAGCAGAAGAGCACCGUCGCAUCAGGAGCAGGAAGCGAGCCUGAGUGGAACGAGACCUUCGUCUUCGCCGUCUCCGGCAACGCUCCGGAGCUCAGAGUCAAGAUCAUGGACAGCGACGCCUUCUCGGCCGACGACCUCGUCGGAGAAGCAUGCAUCCCGCUUGAGGCGGUGUUCCAGGAGGGCAGCCUGCCGCCGGCCGUGCACCGGGUCAUCAAGGACGAGGAGUAUCGCGGGGAGAUCAAGAUCGCACUCACCUUCACCCCGGCAGAGGAAGACGAGGAGGAGGAGAGCUACGGCGGCUGGAAUCAGUCCACCUGAAAAAGGCUAGCGAGCCAGCAAGAUGGUGCUGCAUGUCUAUCAUAAUGUAAUGUAUAGAAAGGCUUUCGAUCUCCUUGAUGCUGUAUGAGACAGACAUGGCCAUGUAUGACAUUUAGAAAAACGAGUAAAAAUAGGGGAACAAAUAUGUAUCGAUGAAAUACUAAUUAAGCAAUUCACCGCAUCAUUUUGCAA